AAGAGCCGCGCCCGCUCGCGCCGCCUCCCGCCUCGCCUCGCCCCCUUCCCCAGCCCGCACCGAGGAGAGGAAGCCCGGCCCGGCCCGGAUGAACGCGCACUGAUAUGGCUUUCAGGUGCAAGAUACAAACUUUGCAGGUGGUUGAUACUGAAUAUAGCGCGGACACGGUGGAAUGGUGCCCUGUGGAAGGUUGGCACAACAUCCUGGCAUGUGGCACCUACCAGUUGAAGAAACUGGACUGCAAGCCUGGCCAGAGCUGUGGUGAGGACAGCGAACCUCACGUCCGUCUCGGACGUCUCUACGUCUACUCCUUUGAAGAUCAAAUUUUCACCCCACUGACAGAGAUCCAGAGGCUGGAAAUGGUGGCUAUAUUGGACAUUAAAUGGUGCCACAUUCCCAUUGCAGGACAUCCUGUUUUAGGCAUUGCAAAUGCCAAGGGAGUGGUGAAGCUUGCCCGCUUGAUGGGAAGUGAGAAGAGCUGCAGACUUCAGCCGCUGUGCAGUGUUGACCUAGGAGAUGAGUGCCUUGCUUUGUCGUUGGACUGGUCCACGGGACGAGAGCAGCACGGCCACCCCCUGCGACUGGUCAGCAGCGAUUCCAAAGGGAGAGUGACUUUGCUGUCUGUGGAUGAAUCUGGUUCUUCAGUGCACAUCUUGGAACAGUGGAAGGGACAUGACUUUGAAGCCUGGGUUGCUGCGUUCAACUACUGGAAUACACACAUUGUGUACUCAGGUGGAGAUGAUUGCAAACUACAGGGCUGGGAUACCCGGAGCAGCUCAAGACUUCCUCUCUUCACGAGCGAGCGGCACUCCAUGGGAGUCUGCAGCAUUCAAAGCCACCCGCUGCGGGAAAAUCUGCUGGCUACCGGAAGCUACGAUGAACACGUGCUUCUGUGGGACACCAGGAGGAUGCAGCAGCCCUUGGCUGACACCCACGUGCAAGGUGGGGUCUGGCGGUUGAAAUGGCAUCCAUCCCAGGAGUACUUACUGCUAGCUGCCUGCAUGCACAGUGGCUUCGUAAUCCUCAAUUGCCAGAGCAGUUUAGCAGAGAACGAAGAGAAAUGCACCAUUCUUUCCUCUUACUCCUUGCACAAUUCCUUGGCUUAUGGCGCUGAUUGGUCCAGGCUUCUCCCGAGCAACCCUUUGGAGAUGCCUACGGCUAUGCCGGUAAUUCAGAUGGAUCAAAGAGCCAGGAGGGAGGAUCUGAAAGUGCAGAACCUCAAGAUCAUUUAUGAAUCCCCCACGGCCACCUUCGACGUGCUGCUGGAAGAGGAGGAUCCAACCCCUGCAUCGCCAUCCCAAGCUUCAGAAGGUACCUUGGACCUGCAGGGGCCUCCUGCUGAUGGAAAAGCUGCAGAUACCAAAGCAAAUGAUGAUGUUCAGUCAGCCAAAGCCCAAAGGGAGACCAGCCUCCUAGCAACAUGCUCUUUUUAUGAUAAUGUUCUGCAUGUUUGGAAGUGGGAGGUCAGCCAGAGUUCCUCUCUGGCCUAAACCCACAGUCGGUGUGGAUGGAGGCCGCAGUGCACCUUGCCUUUUUUCUUUCUAUCAGCAGGGGGAGAAACAGAUGCUGAAACGAUGACUUUCACAAUGCCUUCUGUCUCCUAUGUUACGUUUUAUGUUACUGCUGGGGACCUCCAGUAGCUGAGUUUUGAAUGCUCCACAGGCAUUUCAGAGCUACGUUGCUGACUUGGUUCUUUUUUGCUUUAUAAUUUAAGGUAUCACAAAUUAUGGCAUUUUCAUACAAACAUGCUCAUUGGCACUGUAAAGAAGAUCUUUUGACUAAAAUAUAUUUUCGAUCUUUUUACAAUAAAAUGUAGCUUGUCUUAUAAGA